UGUCCUGUCCGCCCGUGAGAACCUUUUCCUUGAACACUCAGACAAAGAUCGUCCAGAGCAAUGUGUAAUGUUCACCUGCUCCUCCAUCCAUUCCAUUCGAGUUCUGAUGCUGGAUGACGCUGAUCCAUUUUAUUUGUUGACAUUAUUUUAUUGCCCAGCAUUCAAAUGGGGCCGAGAGUGCGAGGAGAGGACGGAGACACGGACGGGAUUGCGAUGAUGGGAUUGUCUCUCUCUCUCCGGGGAGAGGGACCCGCACCACAAAUUGUAACAAACUGUCUUCUUAUUAUAAUGCCUGUCUACCAAUGUGUUAUGGCCUCCAGUCCAGAAUUCCGUGGGAUUAUGAUGAGCCGAGGAUGAUGGUGAUGAUGAUGAUGUGGAGAAAGUUUGCGACUGUCCUCACCGAACUGGAACAACUGCUGCUGCCUUUCUCCCACGCACAACUUUCUCCAAUUUCCACACUUCUUCUCACGGACGGACGGACGGACGGUCCACUCGAGAAUCCAGAUGCGGUGGACCUGGUUUAAGGACUCUGCUGAGCGGAGUGUGCUCGUCCCCUCGGAUGCCGGGAUGCGUGACCCGUCCUACGACUCCUUCAACGACGACCUCUCGGCCGCCAGCCAUCAGUCUCUCUUUGGCUUCCUACGACGAAGGAAAGUUCUGCCCCAGUCCAACACGAACGUUCGAGCUCUGAACAAGGAUGGCACCCGGGCAUUUUCUCCAGUCAACAUUCACCAGCACAGGAGAAAGUUUACCGCGGACAUUUUCACCACGCUAUUGGAGCUGAAGUGGCGUUGGAUUUUUGUGUCAUGUUUUAUUACCUACUUUGGAUCUUGGCUCUUCUUUGCUGCUCUCUGGUACCUCAUCGUCUUCUUGCAUGGUGACCUCGACCCCGCUGUGACCACGCUGCCUGAGAACGAGCACACUCCUUGUGUCACCGGCGUGAUUGGAUUCGCUUCCGUUUUCCUCUUCAGUGUGGAAACCCAGCACACGAUCGGCUACGGGGCACACUACGUGACGGAAGAGUGUGGUCUCGGAGUCCUGCUACUGUGCUUCCAGUCCAUCGUGGGCGUCAUACUCGAAGGUCUCGUCGUCGGACUCGUAUUUCUCAAAAUUUCACGACCCAAGAAGAGGAGUGAGACAUUGGCAUUCAGUCGAAAUGCAGUCAUUUGUCACCGCGAUGGGAAAAGGUAUUUCAUGUUUCGUGUUGCGGACACCCGAACCUCGCACCUUCUCGAGGCCCACGUUCGAGCACAGGUGGUUUGGAAACGCUUCACGCAAGAGGGCGAACUGGUGACCCACUCGCAAGAGGAGAUCACGGUCCAAGGGGAUGGUGAAAAAGGGGACAAAAUCCUUCUCUUCUGGCCAACCACCGUGGUCCACGAGAUUGACAAGGACAGCCCACUCGACCCACUCCAACCAAAGGACUUCCAAAUGGAGAACAAUGCUUCCUUCGAGAUUGUCGUUGUCUUGGAAGGGGUUUUGGAGACGACGGGACUAAUGACGCAAGCCAGGACGUCCUACUCGCCGCAUGAGAUACGUUGGGGAAGUCGUUUCCACGAGGUUGCCUACACAAAAUCCAGUUCCGGCCAGAGAAUCAUUGACUACUCGCUCUUUGACCAAGUUACGGACGAAUCUCAGCCGAAAAAUUAGUCCGUGUUGGCUUGAAAGAGAGGGGACCAACAGGAAAGGUGCACAAAUGUAAGGCUCGUUGCGUUCUUCGCUCAGUUCAAUCUCUUGGAGUUCAAGUCUCGUGAGUUUAUCCCUCAUUUUUUACAAAUCAGAAAAACUUGUAAAACAAUUAUUAUGCUAUUGUGUACAUUAUUAUGUGUUUAUAGAAUAAAUAGAUAAAUAAAUAAGUACAAUGUA